ACUGGAACACACUGAUUGUGGGGAAAUUGUCUCCGUGGAUCCGGGCAGAUUCCGAACUGGAGAAAGUUCGCCGGAAUUCGGAAGCGGCCAUGUUGGAGGAGCUAAAUUUUGGGGCCUAUUUAGGGCUCCCCGCAUUCCUGAUUCCUUUGAUCCAGGAGGACAACCCCAACCUGGCACGUGUUCUGUGUAACCACAUCAACACCGGCCAUCACACUUCCAUGUUCUGGAUGCGAGUCCCGCUGUUGGCUCCCGAAGACUUGAGGGAUGAUGUGAUUGAAAACGAGGCUGUGCCGAGCGGGGAAGAUGAGUCCGCUGGCGAAGAGAAGACCUGGCAGUGGUGGCACAACUUCCGAACAUUGUGCGACUAUAACAAGCGUGUGGCUGUGGCGCUGGAGGUGGGCCCCGACCUGCCGUCCAAUCACGUCAUUGACCGCUGGCUGGGCGAGCCAAUCAAAGCAGCCAUUCUACCCACCAGCAUCUUCUUAACCAAUAAGAAAGGCUUCCCGGUGCUUUCCAAAAUGCAUCAGCGUCUCAUCUUUCGCUUGCUUAAA